AUGAAAUUAGGAUAUAAUGAAAUAAUGAUAGUAUCAAUGUAUUUUAAUGAUAUUAAUGAUUUUAUUAAUUUAGAAAUGGGUGUUAAAAGAUUUCAAGGAAAUAUUGAACGAUUUCAUUUUAAUCCAAUUCCAUUAAAUGAAUAUUCAAGAAAAUUAUUUCCUAAUAUUGAAACAUUUCAUAUUUAUAAUGAAGAAGAUGAAAUAUUUGAUGAUGGAAAAAUAUUUAAAAAAGUAAUAUGGUAUACAGUAAAUUAUUCAACAUAUUUAAAAGAAAAAGAACAAGGAAAUAUCUGUAAAAAUAUAGAAUAUACAGAAGAAGAUAGAAAGAAAUAUGGAAAUACAAUACCAUCAGAAGUUAAAUCACUUGGAGAUUAUUGUUUUAAUAAUUGUGAUUCAUUAACAUCAAUUGAUAUACCAUCAUCAGUAAGUAAAAUAGGAGCUGAUUGUUUUAUUGGAUGUACAUCAUUAAGAUCAAUUAAUAUUCCAUCAUCUGUUAGUUUUAUAGGAUAUGGAUGUUUUUUAGGACGUUCAUCAUUAACAUCUAUGAAUAUAGAUAAUCUACAAUUUAUUAGUAAAGAAAGAAUAUUUAUGAAUGAACCAGUGUUAGUUAGUAUUGAAAUACCAAAAAAUCUAGAAAUAAUCAAUGGAAAGAAUAUUGAAAAGAAAGAUAUUAAUGAAUUUAUUAUUCCAUCAUCAAUUACUAAAUUAGGAGAAUAUUGUUUUUAUCAAUGUUCAUCAUUAACUUCAAUUAACAUACCAACAUCAAUUAAUGAAAUAGGAAUUUAUUGUUUUUAUGAAUGCUGUUCAUUAAUAUCAAUUAAUAUACCAUCAUCAAUUAGUAAAUUAGGAAUUUGUUGUUUUAAAGAAUGUUAUUCAUUAAAAUCAAUUAACAUACCAGCAUCUGUGAGUGAAAUAGGAGAUUAUUGUUUUGAUGGAUGUUCAUCAUUGACAUCGGUGAGUGUAGACAAUCUACAAUUUAUAAGUAAAGAAAGAAUAUUUAUGAAUGAACCAGUGUUAGUUAGUAUUAAAAUACCAGAAAAUCUACAAAUAAUCAAUGGAAAGAAUAUUGAAAAGAAAGAUAUUAAUGAAUUUAUUAUUCCGACAACAAUUACUAAAUUAGGAGAUUGGUGUUUUUAUGAAUAUUCAUCAUUAAUAUCAAUUAAUAUACCAUCAACAAUUAAUGAAUUAGGUGAUGAUUGUUUUUGUGAAUGUUAUUCAUUAACAUCAAUUAAUAUUCCAUCAUCAAUUAGUAAAAUAGGAUAUGAAUGUUUUUAUAAUUGUUCAUCAUUAACAUCUAUUAAUAUACCAUCUUCAAUUACAUCAUUUGGACGUGGAUGUUUUUAUGGAUGUGGAUGUGAAGAAGAAUUAAUGAAAAAUGAAACAAUACCAACAGAUUGUUUUAAAUGA